AUGAACCGCUCCGCCCACGUGAAGUUGAAAGAACUCCGUGAAUUACUUAAAAGAAUUAGCUAAUAGGAAAUCAGUCAGUUUGAUCGCUAGAACGCACUCUUUGGUAGGUUACAUCACGGUCUAUAUCCAGCUGGCGGCAGGAGGAGGAUUUUAAUUUUCUCUCUCAAAAUCUUAGGAAGUCCUUUGAUUUGUAAUAUUAGACUCACUGAUUCGUAAAAUUAGAACUGUCAUCAGCGAUUUUUGAAAAUGGGAGUACUAUUUACUAAACUGAUGGCGCUGUUCGGAGACAAAGAGCACAAAGUGUUAAUCGUGGGUUUGGAUAAUGCUGGAAAAACAACCAUCCUCUACCAGUUUCUAACUAAAGAGGCUGUAUUCACCACCCCAACAAUUGGCAGCAAUGUGGAGGAAAUCAAUGUCAACAAAACACGCUUCCUUGUCUGGGAUAUUGGAGGCCAGGAGACGUUCAGAGCUAGCUGGAAUACCUAUUACUGCAAUACAGAGAUUGUGAUCCUGGUGGUUGACAGCACAGAUCGUGAGCGCUUAAGUCUUACUAAAGAGGAGCUUCAUCGCAUGCUUGCCCAUGAGGAGCUGCAGAAUGCCUCUGUGCUGAUUCUGGCCAACAAGCAGGACAUGAGGAACAGCAUGUCUGCAGCAGAGAUUUCCCACAGUCUCACUCUCAGUUCACUCACAGCCCACACCUGGCACAUCCAGGCCUGCUGUGCGCUCACUGGAGAGGGGUUACCAGCAAGCCUGGACUGGAUGCGUUCUCAGGUUUUAGCAAACUAGUCUAGCAACAGUUCUUCUGAGUGCCUAAGUGCCAGAGAAAAUGUGCCAGCUCUGCCUUCAGUCGUGCCAAACCUCCAGGGCCCCGGGCGGAGCCUGUGCCAGCUCCAAGUCUCCUUCAAACACAACAGCCUGGAGGCACCACCUGCCACAGUCAUUCUUGCCGAGAGUGGAUAGAAGCGUGCGUGCGUAUGUGUGUGUGCGCGAGCGUGUGCGUGCGUACACGCACGCGCAUGUGUUCAUGUGACUGAGGGAGUGUCUGGAGGGCCACAAUUUUUACAUUAAAAAUGGACUGUGCUGACCAAGACAACAUGAUUCCACUCUGAUGCACAGGGGUCCUGUUGAACAAUGGGAGUCCCAGGAAGUAGGGAUCACUGCCUAAUGUCAGCCCAUUAGUAGGAGGAGCCAAGCUAUAUGGAUGUUGAGAUUGUUCAGCCUUUAAGAUAUUAAAACAUUACUUGAAAUAUUUAAAAGUACGUUAUUUACAUAUGAUGAUAAAGAUGUGACUGACGCAUGUUGAAAUGAAACAAGCGUUAUAAUUUUGAAAACUGUCAGGUUUCUUUUUUGCAUUCUUUUUUUUUUUUUUACAAAUAAAUGUUAGAAAAAGAA